AUGACUGUCGACCAUCUUUCUUCUGCCUCAGACACUUCAUCACAAAGUGGUAUGGCAGACAACGAAACAGAAGCAGAGGCAGAACGCGGAAGUCAGCAAUCAGAAUUAUCUGCUCCAACUGCUCCAGCUCCAAAGAAGAAACGCACACGCACUCUCACGACUCCACAUCAGUCUGCUGUCCUACACGCACUACUCGCACAGUCUCGCUUCCCCACAACAGCCAUGCGUGAGGAGGUGGGGCGUCAAAUUGGUCUUAGUGCUCGCAAAGUCCAAAUCUGGUUUCAAAACCAGCGUCAGAAAGCUAGGCGUCCGCAGAGUGAUUCUGCUCCAUUGUCUCGGCCAGCUCAAUUCGGUCCCUUUCCAAGCGCGCCGCAAUCAGCUUCUUCCUCCCAUACAGCUCCUGAUGUUCCUAUGUCGGAAUCAUUCCUUGACACUUCAGAAGCUCGUGCUUCCCGAGUCGUGCCUAGAUCAGGCCCCUCACUUGACCCUGGCCUCUCAGGUCCAGGCAUUCCCGGACGGCGCAUCUCACCUUACCCCGCAUCCUCAGAGGAGUAUUCCCGCUUCGCACCUGCGAGCCCCGACUCCACCUCAUCGAUGCCCAACCACAGCUCUCGCGGCCUUGAUGAGUUCCCCAGCCUUACGCUACGCGAACCUGCUCCCCGCAUGCUUGCCCCACGCUCAUUUUUAAUGCACGAGGGCGCACAGUCCCCUCCCUCCUCCCGAGUCCUCCCUCCCAUCCACUUUAGUGCCUUGGAAUCACGCAUCAGUAUUGACCCUUACGUGUCACCAACGUCCUCCUUCCCCCCGCCUCACUCCCAAUCAUCCUUUACCAGCAUUAUGCACCACCACGAGCCCACACGCUACACAGAACACCGCAUCUCCACAGUGCUAGGCAUCCCACCCCCAUUCGCGUUGCAACCACAGCCGCAGUGGGACCCGAAUAGCUUCAAGCCAUUCACCCGCCCCGAGUUCGCUUCGUUUUCUCCCCCAAGGUCCACGCAAUUUGCACCAGGGAGCUUCUCCCCUGGAUCUCGUGACCGCAUUGCUCCCCACAUCUCCCCAGAAUUGCCCCCCAGAAGGGAAUAUCACCCGUCCUCAGGCGAACGUCAUUUCGCCUCAUCCUCGGCUCCGCAUCCGCUCAACACUUUUCGCGAUAUAAUCGAUCCUCGAGGUUACCCUGCGCGCGAGUCCUCAUCCGCAGAUGACAGUGGCAUGCGCUCAGACGAUGACGAACCCCACCGAAACCGUUGA